GCAGCAGCAGCAGCUGUUUGUGCUCAAGCCGCUUUCGCCCCAGCCUGCCUUACCAGCGGACAGUGGCCAUGGCGCUGAAGUCGAAGACGCUCCCAGUGCUCGUCCUGGCCGCGCUGUGUCUCUGCGCCCUGCGCGGGCUCGCGUUCGUGGCGCCCUCUGGCAGCAUGGCGGCGCGCGCCGACACGGGUGCCCUCGCCGCGGGCGCCGCCCCGAGGAUCGCGAGCAGCUCGGAGGGCGGCCUGGUGGCGAUGCAGGCCCGGGGCGGCGCGGAGGGGCUGGAGGUGGAGGACCCGCAGUUGUACAUCGUCGUGAUGUGCGUGUUCUUCGGUGCCUCCGUCCUGGCCAACUCCAACGGCUUCUUCGGCCCCUGGUGAGCACGCGGCGCGAGGGGCAUGCCGGCGGCAGAUAUUUACUUUUCCCUCUCCUGGCACUUGCUCGGAGGGGUGCGCACCAGCUGUAAAGAUCUCGCGCAUUCAGGUCUGAAUUUAUCAAGGGCUGCCAACUCGAAGGGGCUCCGACCUCACGACGGCUUCGGGAUCACAAUUCCUGCCCAGUCCGAGUCCGGGUG